GGAACAUCCAAGAGGAACACCUGAGGAACAUCUGAGCAGCCCCCGAGAGAGCCGGCCGGUGGUGUGCUGCUCCCCUGCGGAAGUGGGGAAAGUGGCCAGGGGGAACCGCCCUUCCACGGAGGUGGAAGGGACGGCAGCCAACCCGGGAAGAACCAGCAGCAAACCCGGGAAGGGCCGAGCAGACAGAAGAACAGCGCAGGGUCCUGUGUCAUUCCUCCACGAAGACGGGGAGCGACAGUGACUUUAGUAAAAUGUUCCAUUUGAAUAACCCCAUUAGCAGCUGAAUUGUGUCACCCCAAAAUUCACAUGUUGAAAUCACAACCUCCAGCAACUCAAGAUAUACCUGUAUUUGGAGAAAAGUGAAGAUGAGGUGGAUAGGAAGGCAUCCUGAUCCAAUGGUGUCCUUGUAAGAAAAGGAAGAGCCAUCAGGAAUGUGCCUGCAAAAUAAGAAAGACCUGAUGAGAACACAGCAAGAGCCAGCUAUCCACAAGCCAAGGAGAGAGACCUCAAAAGUAACCUACCGUGUUGACACCCUGAUCUUGGACUUCGAACCUGCAGAACUGUGAGGAAAUACAUUUCAGCCAUCACAGAGUGUGCUAUUUUGUGAUUGCAAUCCUGGCAAACAAAUCUGCUUUCUAGCAUUUUGUAACACUUCCCAGUGAUUUCUGAGGUUUUCAGCUUUGGAGUUGCUCCAUCAAAGUCGAGGUGGACAGGAGUCUGCGUUUUAAACUGCUCCAAGGAUAAUGAAUUAAAAGUUCCUAGAAAAAUCCCUGGUCUGUUCUUGGCAGAGGAACAUCAUCAGGCACCCCCUUGUGGGUCUCCAACUCCCCUUUCUGAAAACAAAGACAAACCACUGAGCGUGAUUAUUUUAGGUCAUAUGGAGAUUACAUCCCUGUGAAGCCCACCCAACUCUCCUGAAGCUCAGGGGUCAGCGUCAUGCAGAGAAGUGUCUUGUGCAGGAAGUUGUAUUGCCAAAUAAUUGCAUCUGUGACAUUUUUUAACCUGUUGGCUGCCAACAUCAAAGAAUUUGUGGAAACUCCUGUCUCUGCUCCUCUGCAGUGCUGAGACUGGGCCUAUUGAGAAAGUGGGACCAAGACAACACAGCAUUAGAGGACGUGGUGAAAGGAAGCAUUCUCUUCCUCUGAACCUAUCUCCAUAGUCACUGUGCUUCACCUUGGAGACAACCUGCUCAGCCUCAAUGGGCUUCGAUGUGCUCCUGGAUCAAGCUGGAAGUCUGGGGAGAUUUCAGAUCCUUCAGAUUGCCUUCUUAUUUGUCACCAGUAUGAUAACAUACCCUCAAGCUCUGUUGGAGAACUUCACUGCAGCCAUCCCUGGGCAUCGCUGCUGGGUCCCCCUCCUGGACAACCAAACCGCCUCUGGCAAUGGCUCUGACAUCCUCAGCCAAGACGCCCUCCUGAGCGUCUCCAUCCCGCUGGACGCAAACCUGAGGCCAGAGAAGUGCCGUCGCUUCACCCGUCCCCAGUGGCAGCUCCUUCAUCUGAACAGGACCUUCCCCAAUAUAAGUGAGUCAGACACAGAGCCCUGUGUGGAUGGCUGGGUGUACGACCAGAGCUCCUUCUCCUCCACCAUUGUGACUAAGUGGGACCUCGUCUGUGAAUCUCAGUCACAAAAAUCAGUGGUUCAAACCGUGUUCCUGAGUGGGUCGCUGCUGGGAAGUCUGAUAUUUGGCUAUCUCUCAGACAGAUAUGGUCGGAAGGGGUUUUACACAUGGUGUCUCCUGCUGACGGCUAUCGUGGACACCUGUGCCACCUUUGCUCCCACCUUCCUCAUCUUCUGCAUUCUACGUUUCUUGGCUGGAUUUUCUGCUAUAACUGUUGUAGCAAACGCUUUCCUUCUUGUAACAGAGUGGUCAGUGUCCAAGUCACAACAUAUAGGAGCAACACUGAUGUUAUGUUCCUACAGUGUUGGGCAGAUACUCUUAGGAGGAUUAGCUUUUGCCAUUCGAGACUGGCAAACACUGCAUCUGAUUAUGUCUGUACCCUUCUUUGUCUUCUUCCUGAUUUCCAGGAGGCUGGUGGAGUCUGCUCGGUGGCUAAUUACCACCAAUCAUCUAGUUGAGGGCACCAAGGCACUUAGAAGGGUUGCACACAUCAAUGGAAAAAAGAGUGCUGGAGAGAUCCUGACCCUUGAGUUUGUGAGGUCCACCAUGCAGGAGGAGAUGGACAAAGCCUCAACCAAACCAUCCGUGGUUGAGGUGUUCCAGGCACCCAAACUGCGUAUGAGGGUUUUCUACUUGAACUUCCUGAGGCUCGGAGCCACUGUACCCUUUUAUGGCUUGAUACUCAACCUACAGGAACUGGGAAGCAGUAUCUUCAUGUUCCAGAUCCUCUUUGGAGCUGUCCCAUUCAUAUCCAGAUGUAUUAUCCUUUUUAUAAUGAAAUACAUGGAUCGUCGGAAAAACCAGUCAUUGUUUUUCUUCCUGGCAGGACUUUGCAUUCUGGCCAACGCCUUUUUGUCCAAAGAGAUGCAGACUCUACGUGUGAUUUUAGCCACUUUGGGAGUUGGUGCUAUUUCUGCUGCCCUUACUGCCUUUUCAGUCCAUUCUGUAGAACUCAUCCCUACUAUAUGCAGGUCAACAAUUACGGGAAUCAAUAAUGUGUUCUCAAGAAUUGGGGCAGUAUUUGCCCCCUUACUCAUGACCUUAAUAGUGUAUUCUCCCCACCUGCCCUGGAUCAUGUAUGGAGUCUUCUGCAUCUUUUCUGGCCUGAUUGUCUUCUGCCUUCCGGAAACCAGGAAUCAGCCUCUUCCUAACACCAUUCAGGAUGUGGAAAAGGACACAAAAGAUUCAAGGGGAAUAAAGAAUGAAGACACUUCCCUGAAAAUAACACAAUUUUAAGGCAUUCCAAGAAUUGAUCCGAAGAAGAGCUAAAAAACAAAGCUUGUUCCUAUGUAUUUGUAAAACCAGUGAAAAUACAAUGUAUAAAUGGAUGCCUUUUACAUUCAUAGAACUAAAUAUAUCAAUUUUCUCAGAAUAAUUUAUGAGUUUAAGUAAUUCAACCAACCAACUGUUUACAUGGGGGAGGAGUAGUUGAAAACUAGCUCCAACUUCAUCCACAACAUAUUAACAGUUAUGAUGAUUUAUAAAAAGCAGCAUUAUUCAUGUGAUCUAGCUAUCCCAGGAUUGGUAUUUGCAAAGGAAAUGUAAUCACUAUGUCAAAGAGAUAUCUGCACUCCCAUGUUUAUUGAAACACUAUUCAUUAUAGCCAAAAUGUGGAAUCAAUGUAAAAUCCAAUAGAUGAAUAGAUACUGAACAAGUAAUAUAGAUACUGAAUAUUAUAUGAUUCAGCUAUUAAAAAGAGAAAAUCCUAUCAUUUUAAACAAAAGGAUGGAACUGCAGGACAUUAUGAAAAAGAAAAAUGUCAAUGAUGGAAAGACAAGUGCUGCAUGAUCUAACUCAUAUGUAGAAUCUAUGAUAAGUAGAUUUCACAGAAAUAGAGCAUAGAUGUUGGUUACCAGAGAGUAAGGCAGUUGGAUGAGGAAUACAGGUAGGGAAAUGCUGGUAAAGAAUAUAAAAUUACAGUUAUGUAGAAAGUGUAAGUUCAAGAGAUCUGUUGUACAGCCUCCUGACAAUAGUUAAUAACAACUUAGUGUAUCCUUUAAAAAUGAUGAAAGUGGAUGGUAUUAUAACUGUAAAAAAUUAUAACAAUGAAAUAAUGAAAUGGGAAACAGCCAGAUUUAAACACUCUGUUAUGCAAAUAUACAUCAAAAGUUGUAUUCUAUAUAAUAAAUAUAAUUAUCUAUGAAGUCAAAAGUAAAUUUGAAAGAAAAGGGCACAUCAUGGGGAAACCAAUGGUCAUAUAUGAUAAAGUGUAUCAUGAACAGGAGUAGCCACAUUAAUAUUAGACACAAUAGACAACACAAAACUAUUAAAAAUACAAAGGACAUUAUGUAAUGAACAAGAGAAAAGUUCAAAGGGAAGCUGGAAUCAUACUAAAUGUAUAUGCAUGCAACACCAGGGUGGCUGGCUGUUUAAAACAAAUUUUAGUGGAUUUAAAGAGUCUUAGGCCCCAACAGAAUAAUAAAAGGGUCUCUGACAGCCACUUUCAUCAAUGAAUAGAUCAUCUAAACAGAAAAUCAACAAACAGCAGAGGUAAUCUGCCAUAUGAUAGAUAUAUUUGAUACCUGCAGAACAUUUCACCCGGGGCAGAUAGAGGAUAGAAUAUGGAUAAACCUGCCAUUGAGUAGUGGGUGAAGAUGCCACCUACAGUGCCAGGAUCUCCUUUAGAUACUGGUUUGAGUCCUGGCUGUUCCAUUUCUGAUCCAGCUCUCUUAUGAUAUGCCUGUUAAAGCAGUGGAAGAUGGCCCAAAUAUAUGAGCCCCUACACCCACGUGGGAGACUUUGAAGAGCCUCCUCCCUUCUGGCUUCGGAUUGGACCAGCUAUGGCUCUUGCAGCCAUUAGGGGAGUAAACCAAAAAAUAGAAGAUUUCUCUAUGUAUCUCUCCCUUUCUCUCUAACUCUGCCUUUCAAAGAAAUAAAAUAAAUCUUUCUUUUAAAAAAAGAACAUUUAACAACACAGAUACAGAAUACACAUUAUUUUCAAUAGUGCAUGGAAUCUUCCAUAGUGUGGACCAUUUUAUAGGCCAUAAAGCAUGUCAAUAAAUUAAAAAAAAUUAAAAUCAUACCAUGUAUAUUUGCUGGCCAUAUGGAAUAAAGCUGGAAAUUAACAACAAUCUCUAGAAAAUAUGCAAACACAUGGACACUGAACCACAUACUACUUGAAUGAACAUUAAGUCAUAGAAAAAAUCUAAAUCUAAAAAUAUUUUAAAAUCCUAGAGAGAUGACAACAUAACAAAUCACAAAAAUGGGAUGCAGAAAAAACAGAGUUCAGAUCAAAGUCUAUGGCAAUUAGUGCCAAUUUUGAGAAAUUGGAAAGCAAUCAAGUAAAGUCUAACAAUGCAUCUCAAGGACCCAGAAAAACAGGGACAAAUCAAACACAAAAUCAGUAGAAGAAAAGAAAUAAUAAAAAGCAAAGAAGAAAUAAACAAAAUUUAAAUUAAAAAAAUGAGUAUCUUGGGUAGUUGAAUGUGCCAAUUUCAAUUGCUCUUGGAUAGGAAAAGAACAAAGGAAGGGCAUUUGUAGAGGUCAGGAUGAUGGAAUGUUUGAUGAAGAACUGAAGAAACAAUGAAGACUCUGGGACAAGAGGAGAGAAGACAGAGACGCUGCUGCAGCCAGCCACAUGGUACAGCCAUUGGCCAGCUCUCAGCUGACAUCUGACCACAUCAAAGUAGGGAGAAAUGCAUCUGCAACUAACUGCUUUGUUUUAGCUGAGAGAGAAUUCCACAGACCCCCAUUGACUUGACUAUUUCAUCCUGGGGGGCCAGUGCCGGGGCUCACUAGGCUAAUCCUCUGCCUUGCGGCGCCGGCACACCGGGUUCUAGUCCCGGUCCAGGCGCCGGAUUCUGUCCUGGUUGCCCCUCUUCCAGACCAGCUCUCUGCUGUGGCCAGGGAGUGCAGUGGAGGAUGGCCCAAGUACUUGGACCCUGCACCCCAUGGGAGACCAGGAGAAGUACCUGGCUCCUGACUUCGGAUCAGCGCGGUGCGCUGGCUGCAGCACGCCGGCUGCGGCGGCCAUUGGAGGGUGAACCAAUGGCAAAGGAAGACCUUUCUCUCUGUCUCUCUCUCUCACUGUCCACUCUGCCUAUCAAAAAAAAAGAGAGACUAUUUCAUCCUGGGGGGAAGGUGAUUGGUUUCUGAGCAACUGCCAGACUUGGAAGAGGAAUGCCACGUUACUUCCCUCCCCUCCCCCAUCCCUAGAUACAUAUGACCUACCAAGAUUAAUUCAAGAAAAUAUAUAUAAUCUAAACAGGCCCACAAGAAACAAUGAGUUUGAAGCAGAAAUCAAGUUUCUGAUCAAAGAAAAUUCUGGGACCUGAUGGCUUUACUAUUAAAUUCUACAAGACAUUCAAUGAAGAAAUAAUUCCAAUACUCUUCAAACUGUUGCAAAAUUCUGAACAAGAUGGAAUUCUUCCACUCUUUGGUGGAGGCAUUAUUUUGAUACCAAAAUUGAGCAAAGACAUGACACAAAAAGAAAACUAUUGAUCUAUUGUCGCUCCCCCUCUUCGUGGAGGAACGACACAGGACCCUGCGCUGUUCUUUUGUCUGCUCGGCCCUUCCCGGGUUUGCUGCUGGUUCUUCCCGGGUUGGCUGCCAUCCUUCCACCUCUGUGGAGGGGCGGCUCCCCCUGCCACUUUCCCCACUUCCGUGGGGGAGUGGCACACCACCGGCCGGCUCUCUCGGGGGCUGCUCAGAUGUUAUCCGGAUGCUCCCUUUAGAUUUUCCUGGUGCAUGUUGUCUCUCUCCUCUUUUAUAGUCCUCUUCCACCAAUCCCAACUCUGCUACCCACACGCCGAGUACACUGCUCUCCUCCUAUCAGGAGCAGGAUCAGCUCCUGCAGGUUAUUGGUCGAACUGGAGGCAGCUGUGUAGAAGCUGUUUCCUCCUCUCCCAGUGCCAUAUUGUGGGAGAGCAGAUGCAUAGAAUAAGUCUUAAUUCCAGUAACUUAGUCUAGUCCGAGUUGCUCCCCACAACCUAUCCUUUUUUUUUUUUUUUUGACAGGCAGAGUGGACAGUGAGAGAGAGAGACAGAGAGAAAGGUCUUCCUUUUGCUGUUGGUUCACCCUCCAAUGGCCGCUGCGGCCGGUGCACCGUGCUGAUCUGAUGGCAUGAGCCAGGUGUUUCUCCUGGUCUCCCAUGGGGUGUAGGGCUCAAGCACUUGGGCCAUCCUCCACUGCACUCCUGGGCCACAGCAGAGAGCUGGCCUGGAAGAGGGGCAACCGGGACCGAAUCCGGCGCCCUGACCGGGACUAGAACCUGGUGUGCCGGUGCCGCUAGGCGGAGGAUUAGCCUAGUGAGCCGCGGUGCCGGCCUGACCUAUCCUUAAUGAAUAUAAAUGCAAAGAUGCUCAGCAAAAUAUUCACAAAUCAAAUCCGAAACCACAUCAAAUAGAUCACAUAUCUUGGGUUAAUAUCAUGAUCAAGUAGGAUUUAACCCAGAAAGGCUAGGAUGGUUCAACAUUCAUAAAUCAAUAAACAUCAUAAAUCAUAUAAAUAGAACAAAGAAUAAAAAUCAUAUGUCAUCUGAAAAGAUGCAUGAAAGCAUUUGAUAAGAUUCAAUAUCCCUUCAUGAGAAAGACUAUUUGCAAAUUAUGUAUAGGAGAAAUAUUCCUCAAAAUUAUAAAGUCUGUAUAUCAGAAACCAAUAGCAAAGAUAAUAUUGAAUGGGGAAAAACUGAAAGCAUUUCCCUUCAGAUCAGAUAUCAGAUAAUAUUGAUUGAAUAAGGAUGUCCAUUUUCACUACUUAAAUUCAAUAUAACCAUAGAAGUUAAAGCAAUUAGGGAAGAGAAAAAUAAAGGAGUUCAAAAUUGGAAAACAAUAAGUCAAAUUACCUGUCUUUGCAGAUGACCUGAUGUUGUCCAUGUAAAAAUCUGCACACGCCAACAAAAAGCUGUUAGAAUAUUAAACCAGUUCAGUAAAGUUGCAGGUUACAAAAUGAAUGUACAAAAAAGUAGCAAUUUAUAUACUAAUCAUGAACUUGCAGUAAGAGUAAUCAAGGAAGAAAUCCAACUCACAAUUGCCACACCAAAAUUCAUAUGUUUGGGAAUAAAUUUGACCACAGAAGUGAAAAAUCUGUACAGUGAAAAUUAUCAAACAUUGGUGAAAGUAAUCAUCAAAGACAAAAAAACGAGAGGAUAUUCCUGGCAAAUGGAUUGAAAGAAUCCAAAUCAUCAAAAUGCCUAUACCCCCUCCAGCAGUCUACACAUUCAAUACAAUCUCUAUUAAAAAAAAAUGACAAUCUGCUUUUGAAAGAACAUGGAUGCAACUGGAAACCAUUGUACAUAAUGUGAUACAUCAGUCCCAAAAAGACAAAUAUCAUGUUUCCUUCAUCUGUGGUAACUAAAAGAGUAUUUAAAAAGUAAAGUACAUGAAGGAAUUGGCAUUUUGAGGUUGUCUAUAUUCCCAUUUAAAAAUAUUCCUUUCGCUUUUAACUUGCUAAACUUCUUAUACCAGGAAGAAUGGACCCAUUUUACUGCAAUGUAAAUUUAACAGAUGUGCUCAAAAGCAAAAAGAAAGGUAGAGAGGACGAUACAGGGGGGGAGAGGGACAAAAUGAAUAUCAUUAUAUUCUUAAAAUUGUACCUAUAUUCUAAACUGAAUCUGUUAAAAACUAAUUUUAAAAUAAAACGAGGGGGCCAGAGCUGUGGCGUAGCAGGGAAAAGCCCUAACCUGCCGUGCCAGCAUCCCAUGGUGUGGGUCAUGUUUCAUACUUCUGCAUGUAGAGAUCCCUUUUACAGCACCAUUUUUGGGAAAGGUUUUCCUGGCUCCAUGGAUUGAUUUCAGCUCCUCUGUCACAGAAAAGUUUGUUGUAGAUGAAUUGAAAUAUUUCUGGGGUUCUGCUCUGUUCCAAGGGUCUACAUGUCUAUUCUUGUGCCAGUACACAGCUGUUGUGAUUUUAACAAACUGCAAUGUAUAAUAAAAUCUGUAAUUGUGAUGCCUCUAGCUUUGUUUUGCUGUUCGGAGUCACUUAUGUUUCCAUAUGAAUUUCAGCAUCAUUGUUCUAGAUCUGAGAAAAAUGUCAUUGGUAUUUUGAUUAGGAUCACAUUGAAUCAGUAAUUUGCUUUCUGCAGUAUGGACACUUUGGUGAUAUUAGUUCUCCCAAUCAACAAAUACAUAAUAUUUUUCAUUUUUUGUGAUUUUUU